GGCGAGAGCCUCGUUUUUAGCGGGAACCAAGUAGGAGUUUGCAUCAACAGGAGGUGGAGAACGAUGCGGAACCGCAGUCGCACAUUGACCAGCCAACCUGGCGGACAUAACUCAGUCAUUAAUCCUGUCUUGAUAGUCAAGGUAAACCAAAAACACUAUCUAUCAUUUUUGUUAUCAAAUAUUUGUGCUAAGGAUUUUUAAAAAUAGUGAAAGAAAAUACGUAAAGUCAUGCAACGUCCGCGUCGUGCAGUCAAUAAACUGAUUGGUCAGUUGAUCCUGAAGCUUGUGAGAUACAAAACAUUGGAUGAUAAUCUCUGAUAAGUCAACGAGCUGUCGUUAGGAGUGACCGAGGACAAGAACAAAAAGAAGAAGAGAAAGAGGAAGAGGAAGAAGAAGGAAACAAGGAAAAAAUAGUAAACCACGAAUGAUUAGUUGAUCAUAGUAAAAUAACCGGUAUAAACGCUCUAACCACGUGAAAAACAUAUCUCAUCUCAUACAAACUAAUUCUUUAAUCGACUGACAUGCCAACAAGGACAUUUAACUUUCAAGUGCAUAUUUAAAUCAACUAGUUACAAGAAACUCGUUAAAUAUCCAUUAAAUGUUUAAACCACAUGAUUUUUUUUCACAUCAGUAUUUGCUUUAUUUAAAGUAAUUUUUUUUUCAAAGAAAUUGUGUUGCAAAUUUUUGAAAAUAAAUUGUGUUCAUAAUGAUUGUCAAAGACAACAUGUGGAGACAGAGACGUCUGACGGUACCAAAGAGGACUAGUGAACUGGUUGCCCUGGUUGCUCUAUCCAGUACAUUGUUCCUCUUCCUUCACACACGAGAUCUGCAUUCUCGCCUACGUGAGAUGGAAGUGCGAUUACAGCCCGGCGAGAACGAGAUCUCAGGAAACCCACCGUCAUCAGAUGAAGAAAUUCAAUCAACAACAGCGACACAGUCUCUCCAAAGCUCUAGAUAUUCUACCGUUAAACUGUACGAUCAUCUCGAACCAUUGGAUUUAAAUGCACUAAAUAAUACAAAACGAGCCGACAAACACGUUCUCUUCUUCAAUCGUGUACCAAAAGUUGGAUCCCAAACGUUCAUGCAAUUGCUAAGAAGACUUUCCGUGAGAAAUAACUUCGCAUUCAACAGAGAUCAAGUGCAACGUGUCGAAACUAUCAGACUUGCACCUUAUGAACAGCGCCAGCUUGUAAGACUAGUUAACAGCUACAACGAACCAUCCGUCUACGUGAAACACGUUUGCUUCACAAACUUUACUGAGUUCAAUCUUCCUCAGCCAAUUUAUAUGAAUGUUGUUAGGGAUCCGGUUGAACGAGUAAUAUCUUGGUAUUACUACGUACGCGCGCCUUGGUACUACGUUGAGAGAAAACAAAUCUUUCCAGAUUUACCGCUGCCUGAUCCUGAGUGGCUGAAGAAGGACUUUGAAAGCUGUGUCUUGAAUGGAGAUCGCGAAUGCCGGUAUAUUGAAGGGGAGUAUCAUGAAGGCAUAGGCGAUCACAGAAGACAAACUUUAUUUUUUUGUGGCCACAGUGAAAAGUGCAUGCCAUUUAACACGGCUGGUGCAUUAGAAAGAGCCAAGUUGUCAGUAGAAAAACAUUAUGCUGUCGUCGGAGUACUGGAAGACGUUAAUACCACUCUCACUGUCCUUGAAAAUUACAUUCCUCAGUUCUUCGAGGGUGCGACUGAACUUUAUUGGGAUGAAAUGAAUUCAUUUAAAAAAAUUAAUCGAAAUUCAUUCAAACCUCCAGUAAGUGAAGAAAUAAAAGAUAUGGUACGAAAAAACUUCACAAGAGAGAUUGAAUUUUAUCAGUUUUGCAGACAGCGAUUACACAGACAGUUAAGAGCUUUGAAAUUAUCUGCAACCAAUGACGCUAAUAGCUUGUAAAUAUUUUUACAGUAUAUACAUAUAUUUAUAUACACGUACACUGUAAAAAAUCGGGAGUGAAUUCGGAUUUUAUUUCAAUCUUUGGAGUUCUGGAGUUUAAAAAAAACUCUACAUACGGAGUAAGUCGGGAGUUUGUUUUUUAAUCUGAGUCAUUUCAGAGUAAUCUGGAUUUUAUUUUCAUCCGCAUUUACUCCGAUUCGGAGUUUUAAUAUCAAAAUAAAGUCGGUAUAGAAGUGAAUUUUACUCCAAAGGAACUAAAUAAAUAAACAGUAAUCCACUCCGUAUUCACUGUGAAUUUACUCUGCAAAUUGUUUACAGUGUAUAUAUAUAUAUAGAUAUAUAUAUUGAAAGAAAGAGAAAGAGCGAGAAUUUUAAU